GAACAAGUUUCAGGCCUCCUCUUCUCCCUCCUCCCCAGAGCAGCAGCAGAGAAGCGAAGAAGAAUUCAGCAGCAGUAGAAUUCAGAGCCGCGGCGAGCUGAUCCAUCCAUCCGACGGAUCGACCGGAGAUGAGCGGCGGGCAGGAGCUGAAUCUGCCGCCGGGCUUCCGGUUCCACCCGACGGACGAGGAGCUGGUGACGCACUACCUCUGCCGCCGCUGCGCCGGCGCGCCCAUCGCCGUCCCCAUCAUCACCGAGAUCGACCUCUACAAGUUCGACCCCUGGCAGCUCCCAAAGAUGGCGCUGUACGGCGAGAAGGAGUGGUACUUCUUCUCCCCGCGGGACCGCAAGUACCCCAACGGGUCCAGGCCCAACCGGGCCGCCGGGUCCGGCUACUGGAAGGCCACCGGGGCCGACAAGCCCGUGGGCACCCCCAAGCCGCUCGCCAUCAAGAAGGCGCUCGUCUUCUACGCCGGCAAGGCCCCCAAGGGCGAGAAGACCAACUGGAUCAUGCACGAGUACCGCCUCGCCGACGUCGACCGCUCCGCCCGCAAGAAGAACAGCCUCAGGUUGGAUGAUUGGGUGCUGUGCCGCAUCUACAACAAGAAGGGCGGCAUGGAGAAGCCGGCGGCCGUGGACCGGAAGCCGGCGGCCAUGGGCGGCUACGGGGGUGGCCCUGGGGCCAUGGCGAGCUCCCCGCCGGAGCAGAAGCCCGUCAUGGGGAUGAACGCCAACGGCGGCGGCGGCGGCGCGCAGCCGUUCCGGGACUUCGCGGCGUACUACGACCGGCCGUCCGACUCGAUGCCGCGGCUGCACGCGGACUCGAGCUGCUCGGAGCAGGUGCUGUCGCCGGAGUUCCCGGCCGGGGAGGUGCAGAGCCAGCCCAAGAUCAGCGAGUGGGAGCGCUCGUUCGCGUCCGGCGGCGACCCCGUGAACCCGGCGGCCGGCUCCAUGCUCGAGCCCAACGGCGGCUUCGGCGGUGACCCGCUCCUCCAGGACAUCCUCAUGUACUGGGGCAAGCCGUUCUAGGCAGCGAAGAAACCGAUCGGUCGGUCGAAGCGAGUACCUCCUAUCCUUGGCGUUUGGGGCGAUGAAACGGGCGAGCCGCCAUUGUUGACCUGAUGAAGGGGAGAUAAUUUAAGAGGAUAUUAGACGGGAGAUAAGACAAAAUCAGGUGCUUGAUGACGACGACGGCGAAGAUCGGAAGGUGGCGGCGAUGAUACCGUGGGUCCCCGGCCUCUCACCAGCGUGACGUGACCGACGACGCCCAAGAUGCUUCGAAGCGUUCGCCGCAUUGCAUCAUCGGGCGGGCGGUCGUGCGCUAGCAAGCAAGCAUGUGUGUGUGUGUGUGUGUACAUACAUGGAAAAAACAUGAUUGGUUCGGUGCGGGGUUGCUGUUUCUUGAUUGGUUAGUUGCAAGGGUUUAUUGAUAAAUUGAUAUAUAGUACCAUACCAGUGCUAGCUGUAGUCCGAUGGUAGUGUAAGCCAUUCAUCAAAUGACACCGAAUAAUAUAUUGUUCUUACCCCUCCA